AUGAGCUCCUUGUCAUUACCACCGUGGACUAUACUGGGUGCUUCGGCUACGCCGAAGAGAGCAACAGCACGGUUGAGUGCUCGCAAGAAAGCGUCUUGGAGAUGCCAGCUUAGCCCUCAAGCUGUAGAAGCACCGGUUCAAAGACGCUCGGGGAAUUAUGGGCCAAGCCAGUGGAAAGAUGAUCUCAUCCUCUCAUUAAGAAGCACACACGAGAGAUCAAUGCAGGGCAAGCAUGGAAGCGAUAACACUGAGGAGAUCAAAGAAGACGUGAAACAAUUAAUGGUGGACGCUUGCCAUGAGCCAGUGGCUCAGAUGGAGCUCUUGGAUACCCUCCAAAGGUUAGGAGUAUCGUAUCACUUUGAGAAGGAGAUCAAAGUUGUAAUGGACUCCAUUUUCGAAGACAGAAAGGAAUGUGAAGACCUCCAUGCUGCAGCUCUUAGAUUCAGAUUGCUGAGGCAACACGGUUAUCCUGCCUCCCAUGAUGUUUUUAAAGUAUUUAAGGACGAAACAGGGAAAUUCAAGAACAUCCUUGCAGAAGACGUGAAGGGGUUGCUGAGCCUGUAUGAAGCUUCACAUCUAGGACUCGAAGGGGAGAACAUAUUGGAAGAGGCCAUGACCUUGACAACUUAUUACCUCAAGGAAAGUGCCAAGAUGCUGAACUUAGAUUCCAGCCUUGGGAAGCAGGUAGCACAUGCCUUGGAGCUUCCACUUUCAAGAAGGAUGCUUAGGUCGGAAGCAAGGAGUUACAUAGAUUUUUAUGAAGGGAAGCCUGAACACCACUCUGUUUUUGUAUUGGCAAAGCUGGAUUUCAAUAAUGUGCAGUUUUUGUACCAAGCAGAAAUAAAGGAGAUGUUAAGGUGGUGGAGGGGCCUUGAGUUGGCAGAGAACUUAAAAUUUUCGAGGGACAGAUUGAUGGAGAACUACGUGUGUACCAUAGGAGUCAACUUCAAUCCUCUUUUAUCUGUCUGUAGAAAGGGUCAUACGAAACUCAAUUGCCUCAUCACGACUAUCGAUGAUGUUUAUGAUGUGUAUGGUACAAUUGAUGAGCUAGAACUGUUCACAGAGGCUGUUGACAGAUGGGACAUUGGAUACAUCGAUAAACUUCCUCAGUACAUGCGGCGGAUGUGUUUCCUAGCUCUUUAUAACACAACCAACCAAUUUGCCUUCGAAUUCAUGCGGGACAAAGGCCUCAACAUCCUAGGCUACAUGACAAGAGCUCUUAUGUACCAAUAUUCCUUUGUCAAAUCCAAAGCCCUAGUCGUGGAAUCAUAUGAUGAUGUAAAUGAGAAUAAAGUAUUUAGAUUGUUCCUGUCUAGUGAUUCUGCCUCAAAAUUUAUGCUUAUAAAGAUCCCUCACUAUGAAGAGUGUAAUAAAUCAUCCCACGAAUAUCCCAAUAAUAUUGGAGCAGAUUCUAGAACAUUACAAUAUAGUGUUCUAUGA